AUUUGUAACAUGAAGUCAAGAGUAUUUCCUUAUCGAUUGUAACGGAAUGUAAUAAUAUAAAUCUGUUUUGAAACAAAGUUUUUUCACUCAGCUGCGAUUGUAUUUUUUGUUGCUCAUUCGAUGGUCUUCAUUUAUCCUACAUAGUAUAUUUUUAAUGAACUCAUUACGAUCACCGUUCUCAAUAAAACUUUGCAAUCGCACUUCUUAUACCGAGAUAAGCAUUAUUCCGAACGAUUAUCAUUAGUAUAUCCAAGGUUCCCUCCUCCACAAAAGUGGGACGGUAUAAAAGAACAAGGGCCACGACUUUCCUUGACAAUUUAGUUUAUGCUAUAACGCAGAAAAUCGUCCAACGAUAAGUCUUCGUGAGUGGAGUUCGCUCAGACGUUUCCCUCUGGUUUUUUCAACGCUAAAUCAUGAAAGAGCAUCGAUCAAUUAUCAUCUUGAUCACCAUCAUUCUCGAAAUCAUUGGCGCGGCUCGUAUCGAUCAAACAAUCGACUUGAAGCGCAGAAAAUUCGAAGAUGAAAUGAUGGACCGAAAAAUGCACGACGACUUCAUAAUGAAGAGAGAAUCUCGAAAGUUUGGCGACGAAGUUUAUCCAGAAAAUCCAAAUACUGGUGUAUGGUUUGAUCACGAGACAGACAAUUCGUUCUGGUAUGAAGACGCCCAGAUAGUACUCAAGAAAAAGCUUCAAAGGAGCCUAAACACAGGAGUCGCUAAAAAUGUGAUUGUAUUUUUGGGCGACGGAAUGUCAAUUCCGACGUUGAUGGCGACCAGAACGUACCUGGGACAACUCGAGGGCAAACCGGGCGAGGAAGGCUCUCUUUAUUGGGAACAUUUUCCUUACACCGGUCUUUCGAAAACAUGGUGCCUCGACAAACAAGUGCCGGAUUCUGCUUGUACCAGCACGGCGUAUCUUGGAGGUGUCAAAACAAAGUCAGGAACAAUUGGUCUCAAUGGAAACGUUGUUCGUGGCAAAUGCGAAACUCAAAUCAAGGAAAAUCAUGUUGACUCGAUCGCUCAGUGGGCUCAAGAUCACGGCAAAGGAACCGGAAUUGUCACCACAACAAGGAUAACCCACGCUUCGCCAGGUGGAGCUUACGCCCACGUUGCAGAGAGACACUGGGAAAGCGAUAGCGAUGUGAUUAUCGGGGGUUACGAUCCCAAGGAGUGUGAUGAUAUAGCCAAACAACUUGUUCGCUCGAGUCCUGGCAACAACUUCAAGGUGGUUUUGGGAGGAGGUCGCCGAUCAUUCCUGCCAAAGGAAAUUAUCGACGAGGAGGGUGACGCAGGUGUACGUUCGGACGGAAAAAAUUUGAUCGAUGAAUGGAAAAAAGAUAAAAUGGAGCGUAAUGGAAGACCCAUUUAUUUAUGGAACCGUACGUCAUUGCACGAGAUUAUCGAUUAUCCGGAAAAAUACGACCACGUGCUGGGUCUUUUCGAGUCUAGUCACUGCCACUAUCAUCUCGAGGGCUCGCCCGAAACUGAGCCAACGUUAGCUGAAAUGACCGAGGCAGCGAUCAGAGUACUUCAAAAAGAUGAAAAUGGAUUUUUCCUCUUCGUUGAAGGUGGUCGAAUCGAUCAUGCUCAUCACAACACAUUCGCGACACUGGCUCUCGACGAGACAGUAGAACUUGCUAAGGCUGUUGAGAAAGCAACGGAGUUAACGUCAGAGAAGGAUACACUUAUCAUUACAACUUCGGAUCAUGCACACACGAUGUCAGUUUCCGGUUACCCGAAGAGAGGCAAUCCGAUCAAUGAUAUCGUUGGAAAAAUGGCUAAAGAUGACAUUCCAUAUGCGACGCUGACAUACGCCAAUGGUCCAGGUUACAGACCACCCAAUCAGGAUGGUUCUCGAUACGAUCCAUCUGAGGGCGAUUUUGAAAAUCCUCGUCACAUGUCCCCUGCUCUGGCUCCACUCGAUUCCGAGACUCAUGGCGGCGAUGACGUAGCGAUUUUUGCGAAUGGCCCAUGGGCUCAUCUAUUCACCGGAACAAUACAACAAAGCAACAUUCCACAUUUUAUCGGUUUCGCGUCCUGCAUAGGCAAAGGUGAAUCAGAUGCGUGCAAAUUGAAUCGUCGGUUCGCUUCCAAGCUGCCCAAAUUUCAUUGAUUCGUAUUUUCCCCUUCUAAAAAGUUGGCGAGUAAGGCCCGAAGUUGGUCACCAACAGGGGAAAUUGUUGUCGUUUGAUUCGUACUGUGAUUGAUCGCUGGGGCCUGGCUGGGGCUUUCAAAUACGGAGUCCUGCUGUCAGUUUGACAAAUUUUGUAUUGUCAAUUUGACAGUUGUGUAUACGCUAGUGGUUAUAAGUUUUUCCUAGGCGCAGCAGCACAAUUAAACCCCUAUAUAGGGGAGACCGGGACAAAACGGGAUAACCGAAAAAUGAGAGAAAUUUUGUUGUCUUUUUUUUUCAAUUUUUAUACUUGUCCGAAAAGAACAUGAAACAUAUUUUU